AUGGGGCGCGGGAGGCGGGGCCUCUCAGCGACGGCGGAAGAGGGCGCCCUGGAGCCGAGCCGGAGACCGCCAGCUAGUGGGGCGAGCGUGGGCGCGAGCGUAGGGGCGUGCUCCGAGGGAGGGCGCGACGCCGAGGGGCGGAGUCAGGCGAGGCGGGGACGCGCCCGCGGGGAGGGGAAGGCGGGGGCGCGGCGGUGGCGGGAGCGUGCCCGGUCCCCGCCCCUGUUUCCCACUCUCUUUCCACCUCCGACCCGCCGGGGCUCGGGAGAAGCGCCUCUCGCCUGUCCCCGGAAUCGCCCUGCUGCCACCACCCGCACUCUCCGCUCGCGGUGAGCCCGUCAGUCCCUGUACUGUGCGCUCCUCCAUCUGGGCCAUGGAUGGCGGGGAUCUGAUGAGCUUCUUUCUUCUGGCAUCAAUAACGGACCUUUUACCAUGAGCAAUUCUACUUCUUUUACAGGUGUGUAUGCUAAUGGGAAUGACAACAAGAAAUUUAAAGGAGAUAGACCUCCCUGUUCGCCUUCCCGUGUUCUCCAUCUUCGCAAAAUUCCAUGUGAUGUCACCGAAGCAGAGGUCAUAUCAUUAGGUUUACCAUUUGGCAAAGUAACUAAUCUUUUGAUGUUGAAAGGAAAAAGCCAGGCUUUCUUAGAAAUGGCUUCUGAGGAAGCUGCUAUUACUAUGGUGAAUUAUUACACUCCUGUUGCUCCUCAGCUUCGAAGCCAGCCUGUUUAUAUUCAGUAUUCUAAUCACAGAGAACUUAAGACUGACAAUCUACCUAAUCAAGCUAGAGCCCAAGCUGCACUGCAGGCUGUCAGUGCUGUCCAGUCAGGAGGCCUGGCCCUUCCUGGAGCUUCUUCUAAUGAAAGCCCAGUCCUCCCCGGGCAGAGCCCUGUGCUCCGAAUAAUUAUUGAAAACCUCUUUUAUCCUGUUACUCUGGAAGUUCUUCAUCAGAUAUUUUCUAAAUUUGGCACAGUCUUGAAGAUUAUCACCUUUACAAAGAAUAAUCAGUUUCAAGCCUUGCUUCAGUAUGCUGACCCAGUGAAUGCACAUUAUGCCAAAAUGGCUCUGGAUGGCCAGAAUAUCUAUAAUGCAUGCUGCACUCUGCGUAUUGACUUCUCCAAGCUCACCAGCCUUAAUGUGAAAUACAAUAAUGAUAAAAGCAGAGACUUCACUCGCUUAGACCUUCCUACUGGUGAUGGCCAGCCAUCCCUUGAACCCCCUAUGGCUGCUGCUUUUGGUGCACCAGGUAUAAUUUCUUCACCAUAUGCAGGAGCUGCUGGAUUUGCCCCAACCAUUGGAUUUCCUCAAGCUACAGGUCUGUCCGUUCCAGCUGUUCCUGGAGCUCUUGGUCCUCUUGCAAUCACUUCCUCUGCUGUCACUGGACGGAUGGCUAUUUCUGGGACUGGUGGUAUACCAGGAAAUUCUGUUCUGCUUGUCACCAAUCUCAAUCCUGAUCUUAUCACACCACAUGGGCUUUUUAUCCUCUUUGGAGUAUAUGGUGAUGUUCAUCGAGUGAAGAUUAUGUUUAACAAGAAAGAAAAUGCCUUGGUUCAGAUGGCAGAUGCAAAUCAAGCUCAGCUAGCAAUGAACCAUCUAAGUGGUCAGAGACUUUAUGGGAAAGUGCUUCGUGCUACACUGUCGAAACAUCAAGCAGUUCAGCUUCCUCGAGAGGGACAAGAAGACCAAGGUCUGACGAAGGAUUUCAGCAAUAGUCCUUUGCAUCGCUUUAAAAAGCCUGGCUCUAAAAACUUCCAAAAUAUUUUUCCACCAUCAGCCACUUUGCAUCUUUCCAACAUUCCCCCUUCUGUUACAGUGGAUGAUCUGAAGAGCCUUUUCAUAGAUGCUGGAUGUUCAGUGAAGGCUUUUAAGUUCUUUCAGAAAGAUCGCAAAAUGGCACUCAUUCAAUUGGGAUCUGUGGAAGAAGCAAUCCAGGCCCUCAUUGAGCUUCAUAACCAUGAUCUUGGAGAAAAUCACCACCUCAGAGUUUCUUUCUCAAAAUCUACAAUCUGACUUUUCUGUGAAUCUUUCUCCUGAAACUGGACCACAAUUUCAGUAAAACCUUCAGACAUAGACUGAAGAAGCUCAAGACCAAUUCUGCCUCUCUGACAAAAAUAACUUUCUGAAUUUGAUAUUCAAGUAUAUUUUAAAAAAUCAAAGGAUGUUCUUUUUUUCUAUUUUCUUUCCCUGCCAGUAUGUGAUCAGAGGUUUGUUUUUUCUUUGUACCAUGGUCUCUAUGAAAAUAAGCUUCAGGAAAAAAAUAUUUUUUCAAUAAUUUAAAUCCCUAUAUUAAAUUAGAUUUCAAGAAAAUGAAAUGAAUUUUUAGUUAGGGUCCAUAUCAGCCUUAUACAACAUUUCUAAACUCCUUUGUACUUUGAAAAAUUAAACCUAUGGACUUCUAAAAUUAUUCAAUGUAAUUUAAAUCACUUACAACCAGUUUUUAACCUUGUUAUUCAGAAGCUUGACCCCUGUAGGAAAUUAUGUUCACUUAUUAAUUAUAUCAAAUAUUUGCCAUAUUAAGUUGUAUCAGAAGCAGAUUUAUAAACCUACAUAUUUUCUUUCAGUGAUAGCUUUUUUCCACUGGAAGACACUUCUUUGAAUAAUGCCUAUCUUCAACUUUUCAAGACUAUUUGGAAAAAUGAAGUUUCUUAGCUGUCCCCAGGGAAAUUAAGCAGAAUCCAACUAGAAUCUAUUAAGAUAUCAGAACAAUUAAUAAUUUUAUUAGGAAAAAUCAUGUUUUAAAUUUCAACAUAAUACUUACUUGUCAAUAAUCUAAUCUUGGAACAUUUUAAAAGAAAAAUCCUACAUAUAAACUACUUUUUUAUAAUUGUUUUCAGAAAAAAAGUUUACAGUCUUAAGGAAAAUAUUCAGGUCUAUCAUAUGGUUUGACAGAUUUUUUAAAAGUUAUUUUUGGUAAGGUCUUCUUUUAAAAAAAAAAAUAAUCUCCAGGGUUUUUUGUACCACUAUAAUCUCUAAUACUUAUUCAGAAUUACCGUGUAUUUACUUAAUUUCUUAUUAUGUGCCUUAUUACGUGCUUAAGAUAUAGUAGGUUAGAGUUUUAUCUAAAUAUCUUGAAAGCUAUAUUGUGGGCUUGGUGAGCAUUUUGUUUUUUCUUUCUCUGUUUUGGUAAAGAUUUAAAAAUGUUUUUCAUUGCGAUUUUAAGUGAUUUUCAAUAAGUAAUAGUUUAUAUUCAAAUUUUUGGUGCUUUGGUGUAGAGAUGGGGUGGGAAGGGUGGAAGGUUUCGGGAAUAAUUCAGUGCACACCUGUUGGCCUCUUUACAUUGCGACUGAUAGCAGUUAUUGGCAGUUAUUGCAUACCACUUUGGGGCUAUAGAAUGCAAUCUCGGUUUUGUCUUUAUUGUCCAUCAGAAUUUAUCUCAGGAUUACUUGGUUUUUCUCAGUACUCAAAUGACAACCUAGUUUUCUUUGUUAAUGUAAUUUCAUAACUGAGUGCCCACAUAUUUGGGGUAUGAGAAGGUGGGUUGUUUUUCAUAUUCUGUCUCUCUCUCUCUCUUUUUGGUUGAAUGUAUGAGUACAUUUUAAUGUUGCCUCAGUGAUUGUAAAAUGUAAAUUUUGAUUUUGUUAAUUUUUCCUUCAUGUAUGAUCAAAUUUUUUUUAAAGCUGAAUUUGUUAAAAGGGUCAUCUUUGUCCACUCCUUUUAUACUUUGCAGAUUCUGAAAAUGGCUCCUCUCAAUUUUUAAAAGAAAAUCUUACCAGAUAUAGUGGAAUGUGCCUGUAGCCCCAGCUACUCAGGAGGCUGAGGCAGGAGGAUCACUAGAGCCCAGGGAUUCGAGGCUAUAGUGAGCACAUACAUAAACAGUCAUUGCACUCCAGCCUGGGCAAGAUAGUGAGAGUAUCUUUAUCUCUUUCUUAUGUUCUAGACAUUAAAUUGAGCAUAGGGAGGUUGUUACAAAAGAAAGCAAACAUUAGAGACUACAAGAGGUAUUAAAAAUCAGAAUUCACUCAACACUGAGCAACACUUGUUAGAGUAGGAAGGAGGAUACUUAGUUACAGUCUUUCAAAUGAAUCCACUUAGUAUUGGUUGGGUGGAUAGAUGUAAUCCUGUAUGUAGUGUUGAGGUUUUAUUUGUUUUUACUUAUGAAACACUGGGAGGGGGAGGAGGAAAAAAUUUUCUUUGAGAAAGAUCCCCAGUUUUUUUUUUCUUCCACAUGAGCGCUAUUAUAAUUUUCAGUGACAUGUUAAAUUGGAUUAUUACAUUUGCUUUGAGUUCGGAAUCACUGUAUAAUUUAUUAAUUCAUGACUCACAUAACAUUCAGUGUAAGUGUAGCAAAAGUUACUAGUAGCAGAAAGGAGAACAUAAUGGUGUUGAAUGUAAUUUUGUUGAAUAGCAGAAGGAAGAACAUAAUGGUGUUGAAGUAGGGAAUGGCCUUUAAAUCUGUGCGAGAGAACAGUUGGAUCCUUUUCAGGGAUUUGUAUAAGGGGGUGUGUGUGUGUGUGCGUGUGUGUAGAUAAGUGUAUAUACAUACAUACACUCUUCUGAAGUUGUAUAUACAUGUGCACAUUACAUACGUUUUAAUUUAUUGACAAAGAAAAUUAACCAAACUAAGAUUUGGAAAAGUGGGAUGUUCUUGUUUUAAAAUAGCAUGUUUGAAACCAUCAGUUUGUGUUUAAAAUUAGCUAUAGCACAAGAGUGUUGUCCAUAUUGAUCUGUUUGCUGUUUGAAUUAUAGAGAUCUACAGUAUUUGUGUUGGCAUAGUGUUUGUAAAAAGAUUUAAAACUACCAGGGUGGUGGAAAAACUAGAUCUUUGUAUUUUUGUUUUGGCAUGCAUGUAUUCAGUAUCUUCAAAACAGUAGUUUAUUUUUGCUGUUAAUCUAUCAUAGUAUGCUAUUUUUAAAUUUAUUUACUUUAUUUUAAAGAGUAUUGUCUUAAUCACUUCAAGUUAUCUUGACUUUUACACAAUAUAUAUAUUCAGGACUUUAAAAAAUAGCAGUACAUGUUUAACAGAAGCAAGCAAUCUAUGCCAAAAUACUUUACUUUGAGAUCUGAAUAACUUGCAUAGUGGUAAAAUGUGUUUCAUGUAAGAUACAAGUAGAAAAAUGACCCAGUAUCUUAACUGAUACUUACUGGAGAGUAUCAACAUGACCCAGUAGCUUUUACAGAAUGCCAUAAAUUCUUUAAGACAAAAUAUUUUAAUGAGUUAUUUGAAGUAAUGUUUCUGAUUUACUGUUGAAAGUUGCAGAACUCACAGUUUAGUUAUAGACAAUUCUGCCUAAUUCCUUAUGGGAGAAGGCCUUCUUUGGCUCUGCCUACUAUGACUAUCCUAGGUUCUACUUUAGUAUUUGAGUAGCUCUUAUGAAUGUCACUGUUCAGCAGUGUUUAUACAUCAGGUAUAUUAUCAAGCAUUUUCUCUUCUGUUCCCACUAAAUAUUUUUAGACACAAAAAAAGACAAACUCAGAAGUACACAUCUUUGCCCCCAAUGAGUCACUUAAAAACCUAAGUUUGCCAAACCAUCACCUAUCUCUUAGCAAACCUAAUGUGUACUGCUAUUUUUAAAACCAAAAAGAGACAGCAUGACUAUGCAUCGAGCAUUUUUCUUAGCCUUUCCUUUGUCUUGAUCUGUUAACAAGAACAAAACUGCCAGACUUAAAAUAUUCUACUAUUGUGCUGAACGAAGUAACUACGUCGAUUGCACAAUAUUUAAAAAUAUAACUCAGCUGUCUUUUAAAAGAGUUGUAUUGUUACCUACAAGACUAUUUGCAGUCUUUUUUCAGAGCAAAUUCUAACAGCCAGUUGUAAAUGGUUUUAAAAAUAGAAAAUUAUUAAAAUCUUAGUUUUGGAAGUUUUAUAGAGGGAGGAAAAACAGGACCAAAGUUUAUGUGCCUUCUUCAGUAGUCUUAAUCUUUUCUUCCUAUUUGAGACUAAGGUAGUAUCAGUAUUCUGGUUUUCAGGAAAUAUGUAGUAUACAGUUUUUAAAGAAUGUUGUUCCACAAACUAUAUAAGCAAAGAAUCUUAGCUGUAUAAAUGAAGUCUCAGUUACACUUCUGCCUUUAUCACAUAAUAUUCAUUACAGAGCAUUGAGCAGGUCCCAGAGCAGCGCCGCUCUAGGUCUUUGUGGUAGUUACCUCAGUUUUUAUAACCUGAGGCAAAUGCUCCAGAGAACAGGGAUAGUUGUCUGAUCUAGUAACCUUUGUGAUAAUAGUCAUGAUUGAGAGCUGCUUGUGGCAAGCUUAAAUCUGCAUUGUCAACAGUUUUGUUUUGUUUUGUUUCUUCAUUAUUAUUUUCAGUUCUUGGAUCUGUGUGUAGUUGUAAUGACAGAUACUUAAAUAACUAUUUUUUGAUGCCGUUUUAAAAGAAUCAUACUCUGGCCUUUUCCCCCCUUAUCAUUGUUACCCAGCUCUUUUAAAAAUUCAUCCAAUAUCUAGAAAGUACUAAUUAUAAAGAUUACUGACCACACAAAGUUUUGCAUUAAAAUGUCACCUCAUUGCUCUGACCAAAGACUGACUGUUCUAGUUUUAACUCUUCUCUGUGAAGCAUAUUCCCCAAGCUCCUUUCUGAAAGAAGACCCGUGCAGAGCACCUUUACAUUCUAUAUCCUAUUGGUGAAUAGACUACUAGAGAAAAUGGGAGUGUAAAUGUGGACAGAAUGGAUUAGGAUGACAAUGGUUUGAUGGGCAUUUUCAGUACUGUAUUUCAGAAAAAAAAAUAGCACAGCUAGGAGCCUCUGACAUUGUCUUGUUUUUUAUGUGGUCUGUUCAUAAAGUUCCUUUUUUCGGUUUGUAAGAAUGUUCAUCUAACAGAAGAAAAUGCUGUAAAUAUUUCUAACAACAUUCUUUUUAACCAGACCAAAAAAGAAAAAGAGGUUUUGGGGAACAAGUUAACAUAUAAAGUGGUUUUAUAUAAAACAGCAAUUGUCUUGUAUAUUUUGAUAAGGAACAGUACCAGCUUUUAUUUGUAACAGAGUUUGUGGCAUUGGAAGAAAAGGAUUCUGUGAUUUUUGAAGUGAAUUAUGUUAUAAAUGCAAAGAGAAGAUAAAAUAUUAAAAAACAUUUUCUAAAUGAGUAUUGCAUGGUUAAUUCAAGCUUGUGUACACUACAGUAUAUCCCAUUUUUGUUCCGUUUGUAAAUUUGCUAUUAAUAUCUCUAAUCUCUUUUCCUAUCAAGUAUAGCAUUGUAGCAUGCCUUUUAAUAAAUGUCAUGACAUCUGUACUCUCUUAAAA